AGACAUCUCUAUGCUUAAGUAAAAGAAUAAACAAUUCAAAACUAUGAACAUAGAAGGUUCAGUUAGCAUUUUAAAAAUAGGAAUUUGAGCAGUAAAGUUUUCUUCCAAUUAUGGUUAUAUCCUAUAGAUUUAGAGGAUCGUUUUAUUUUACACCAAGUAAGUGCUCAGACAAUAGUGAUUCAUCAUUCGCUAUACAGAUUUCAAUGGCGGAUAGAGAAAUUGAAGCCUCACCACGCUACCAUCCAGAUAAUGAUGUCAAAGAAUCAAUUGCAGUAGGUGUUUCAACCACAACCGAUGAAGAUGAACCAUCAUCGCUCUUCCAGCUUAGCCGUUGGAGAUGGUGGUUUUUAGUAGUAAUCAACAUAGCCUUACUCUUGAUGGGCCAAUCUGGUGCAGUCUUGUUGGGGAGAUUCUACUUUGACCAAGGUGGAGAAAGUAUAUGGAUGGCAACACUAGUACAAACUAUAGCAUUCCCAAUCCUUUUCUUCCCACUCUUCUUCUUUCCUCACCCCAAAAACCUUUCUAACACCACUCACCUCACCAUGCACUCUUAUACUCUCACUCUCAUCAUGGUUUACUUCCUCUUAGGUAUCCUCUUAGCUGGAGAUAACAUGAUGUACACAAUAGGCCUUCUAUAUCUUCCAGUGUCUACCUACUCCCUCAUUUGUGCAUCACAACUUGCUUUCAAUGCCAUCUUUUCCUUUUUGAUCAAUGCUGAGAAACUCACCAUGUUAAUACUUAACUCAGUGAUUCUUCUCACCAUAUCAGCUUCACUUAUAGCACUUCAUUCUGACUCCUCAGAGGAUAACACUAAGAAUGUUACAAAGAACAAGCACAUGGUUGGUAUUUGGUGCACUCUUGGUGCAUCAGCAGGGUAUGCCCUUUUGUUGUGCCUCAUGCAGCUAACAUUUGAGAGGGUCUUGAAGAGGGAAACGUUUUCUGUGGUCCUGGAGAUGCAAAUUUGGACAUCUUUUGUUGCUUCAUGUGUUUGCAUAGUGGGACUUUUUGCCAGUGGGGAAGGGAAGGGCUUGGAGGAUGAAAUGAGGAGGUUCAAAGCAGGAAGAGAGGUUUACAUGUUGACUCUUGUUGGAACUGCUUUGGCUUGGCAGAUUUGUUCUGUUGGAGUUGUGGGGCUAAUCUAUUUGGUGUCUUCUUUGUUCUCCAAUGUUAUGAGCAUGCUGAGUUUGCCACUUGUUCCUGUUGCUGCAGUGCUUCUUUACCGUGAGCAAAUGGAUGGUGUCAAGAUUGUGGCCAUGUUGUUGGCCAUCUUGGGUUUUAGUUCUUAUAUUUAUCAAAAUUAUUUGGACGAAAAUAAGUCCAAAGAAACAGCAAUUCUUGCUACUGACACCCCAGAAACCUCUAUUUCUGGAUAGAUGUGGAAUUUGUUUAGUUUUUCCACUACAGAUAGGGGUAAGAAGCUAGAAAUGAAAAUUUGAAAUUCUGUUUGAUAUACAGAC